GUCUGUGUUCUGAAAAAAAUCGCAUAAACGCCAACAUUAUUUUAGCUGGUGAUCCCAAACAAUUAGAUGCGGUAUGCAAAUCAAAUAAUGCUGCGGGACUGGGCCUUAAAACAUCCUUAAUGGAGCGGUUAUAUAACCUACCUGCCUACGGUAACGGUCAAGUUCACCAACCACAGUCGGGAACGAUGAACAAUAACUCAGACUGCAUCACGCAACUGAUAAAGAAUUAUCGAUCACAUAAGGCGAUUUUGCAUGUGGCAAAUGCAUUGUUUUAUAAAAGCACAUUGAUCUCAUGUGGAUCUGAUGAAAGGGUUAAUUGGUUUGUCGGCUCCAAAAUCCUAAUGAAUCCAGAUGUACCAAUAAUAUUCAAAUCAGUGAAUGGUGUUUGUAAACAAAAUGAAAACAGCGCAAGCCGGUUCAAUAUGGUAGAGGCCAACGCUGUUUUAGAACAAAUUGAUGAGCUAUUGAAGUUCAAAUCAAACCAAAGAAAAGUUAAAUCGGUUAAAUGUACUGACAUUGGAAUCGUGUCACCCUACAAACUUCAAUGCAGAGAAAUUAGAAAAAUGUGUAACAAAAAAAAAUAUGACGGUAUAACCAUCGGAACCGCUGAAGUGUUUCAAGGAAUGGAAAAGGCUAUAAUGCUUGUAUCUACAGUGUGCACCGAUGGAGAUCUUGGAUUUGUUAACGCAGCACAACGCAUCAAUGUAGUGCUUACUAGAGCACAAAGCCUACUGAUAAUUUUUGGUGAUCCCAAGACACUGAUCAAAGAUCCGAAUUGGGAAUAUUUACUUCAGUUUUGUGAGUUGAAUGAAACAUUCAAACAUAUUGAAGGAAAACCAUUUCAAUUUCCAAAACCAGUUGUACAAGAAAGCGUUGUAUACGAUUUUAAGUACAAUAUGCUACAACACUUCGCUGGCUUAAUGGCAUCGAAUGGCGAUGGCAUCAAACAGCAUCAGAUCCCGUCAGAUCCUACCGAAUCCUACACAUUGGACCGUAUUGGAGAAACCGGGAGAAACUCAGUAACGCUCAGUAAGGCGACUACGGGAGACUAUCGGCGACCAUCGGCGUUCAUGUUUACGUAUUGCCAGUUAUUCUAG